CAUUCACUCCCAGCUGCUGCACAGUAGGCUGGGGGCGUGUUAGUUGUUGGUCUCGCUCUCUCCCUCUCCACCAUCAACGCCCCUGCUCUCUCUCUACCCUCAACCUUUGGCACAGGAUCAGGUCCAUCCAGUUGAAGUACAGUAAAACUCUGUAGCCUCAGGUGUAAUUAACCAUGGCGCUUCAAGCGAGAGCUCUGCUCACCUCUAAAUGGCUUGCAGAGGCCGUGAAGGCCCAGGGGAAAAUGCGCAUCUUGGACACGUCUUGGUAUUUGCCCAAACUGCGACGCAACGCCAAGAGCGAGUUUAAGAAGAGGCACAUCCCGGGCGCAGCUUUUUUUGACAUAGACCAGUGUUGUGAUAAAACCUCUCCUCUGGAUCACAUGCUGCCAUCAGAGGAGAUUUUUGCAGAUUAUGUGGGAAAUUUGGGUAUAGAGAGCGACACGCACGUCGUGCUGUACGACGCCAGCGAGUUCGGUGCGUUCUCUGCGCCCCGUGUGUGGUGGAUGUUCCGGGUGUUUGGGCACAGCGCGGUCUCAUUGCUCAACGGGGGGCUCAGGAACUGGGAGCUGGAGGGUCGACCGAUCAGUGACAAGUACGUCAGACCAACGCCGACCGAGUUUAAGGCGUCCCUAAACCGCACCUGGAUAAGGACUUAUGAGGAUAUCCUGGAUAACCUGGACUCCAAAAAGUUCCAGGUGGUGGACGCAAGGCCCGCAGGCAGGUUCAAAGGAGUGGACCCUGAACCCAGAGACAACACAGAGCCAGGCCACAUCCCCGGCUCCAUCAGCAUACCCUUCCACUCCUUCUUGUCCCAGUCUGGUCACUUCCUACCCAAGGAGCAACUCCAGGCUCUGUUUGCCCGGGCUGGCGUGGACCUCAGUUGCCCUAUUUGUGUCUUGUGUGGCUCGGCCGUGACUGCAUGUCACGUGGCGCUGGCGGCCCAUGAAUGUGGUAACCCAGGAGUGUCGGUGUAUGACGGCAGUUGGUCGGAGUGGUACACCCGCGCCGUGCCCGAGCAUGUCAUAUCUGAAGGACGAGGGAAGCACUGGUGAUUGGUUCACACAAAAUGUGGCUGAUGGGUUGAAACUGGAUCAGACUGGUACUGGAAGAUAAGAAAAUAAGGAUAAUGUUUGCUUGUUUUUGUGUGCUGAAGUUUAAAGGAAUAUUUUGACAUUUUGGGAAAUACUUUUUGCUUAUACUUCUUAUUUACUUUCUUGGUGAGAGUCCGAUGAAAAGAUGCGUCUUUCGUGUUUAAAUAACUCUAAAGCAUAAAGAAAAUAUCAGCCAUCUUGUACUUUUAUAAUAUAUUGAUUUUUAAAUAGUGAUUGCAUGUUUACAUGUCUAUUUCAUGUUCAAAAAGAAAUGUAAAAAAGAUGUGGCUGUGCCAGGCUUACUGUUUCCCCAUGCACCCAGCUAAGCUAACCACAUGCUGUACACGUCUGAGAGUAGUACUGAUUUAAUCAGCAAAUAAGCUAAUAAGAAAAUUUCCUUAAAUGUGAAUCUGUUCCUUUAAAAUGAAAAAACAAAAACAAACAAUGCAGAACAUACACCACUAAGGGACAUUUCUUUCAUUCACAACACAUUCAGAGAUGAGUUGACUAAAAAGCCAGCAAUACGCAACACUAAACUUGACUUUUGAAACUGGAAAUUGUUUGUUUACAGCUACAACGCUGUUGAUGGAAUAAAACAGAGCUGCACUUUGAAUUACA